UAAGGAUUUUUAGUAUAUAAAAUUGACUAGCUAAUUGAGUUGACCUCUGUUUACUAUAAGCGAUCCUCUACCUCUGCUCUAAAUAUCAAAUGCUCUCCCAGUUCCUGAAUUAUUAUCUUUUUCACUUGUAAUCUUGUUUUCCAUUCAAACUUUGCUCCCAAAGUCAAGCUUUUUCCUUUAUUUAUAUUGCCUGGGGAAGGAGAAAUGGAGGAGUCUAACAAUUAUGGCCACCAACAUUCUCUGCUUCUUAUCUUGAAUCAAGACCAGCUGAUCCACAAUCAAAGUGUUGUAACUGAUUGCUCCAGGUGUGGGGAGAAGGUGUCUGCUCCAUGUUUUUGCUGUGCGGAGCACUGUGGGUUUUAUCUUCACAAGGAACCAUUAACAAAUUAUACACACUUUUCUCCCGACUGUGGAUUUAAUUUACAUGAGAAAUGCGCUGAGCUUCCUUUCAAACAGAAUCUUGUGUGCCAUCCUAAGCAUCCUCUUGUUCUACAAUUUAAUAGCCAACGGCUCUCUUGCAAGAUAUGUCGAGUAACAAGGCGAAGUAUGGAAAGUGGAUUUGUUUAUGGUUGUUCUCCUUGUAAGUUUGUUGUUCACAUUGAAUGUGCAUCACAAUCAGCAUUACAAGUUAUUAAGAGUACAAAUCAUGAACAUCCAUUCACCUUGUUUAAUGGGCACCAACAUCCCCUGCUUCUUAUGUUGAAUCAAGAGCAGCUGAUCGACAAUCAAAGCGGUGUAACUGAUUGCUCGAGGUGUGGGGAGAAGGUGUCUGCUCCAUCUUUUUACUGUGCAGAGUACUGUGGGUUUUAUCUUCACAAGGUAUGUGCCGAGGCACCUGUGGAGCUUAAUCACCCUUUUCAUCCCAACCAUCCUCUUCUUCUUAUGCAAAAGUCACCUCAUUUAUCUGGAGCGUACUUUUGCACUUUCUGCCAUGAAUUUGGUGACAAGUUUGUUUAUCACUGCUCUAUUUGUGAAUUGGACUUUCAUAUUAAAUGUGCUUUGUUUACACUUAAUAUUGCUGAGAAUAAUUUGAAAGAGCUUGAGCAUGUUGCCCUUCAUGAUCCAUUGAUUUCCUCUGAAAAUGGUGAUAAAAAACUCAAAGAUGUUAGUAAGUGCUUUGGAUGUUGGGAACCAUUAGCAAUGUAUACACACUUUUCUCUUGAUUGUGGAUUUAAUUUACAUGAGAAAUGCGCUAAGCUUCCUUUCAAACUCAAUCAUGUUUACCAUCGCAAGCAUCCUCUUGUUCUACAAUUUAAUAGCAAACGUCUCUCUUGCAAGAUAUGCCAAGAAACAAGGCGAAGAGGAUUUGUUUAUGGCUGUUCCCCUUGUAAGUUUGUUGCUCACACUGAAUGUGCAUCACAGUCAUCAUUACAAGUUAUUAAGAAUACAAAUCAUGAACAUCCGUUCACCUUGUUUUUGAGACAAGUUCCAUUCACUUGUGAUGCGUGUGGCACUGAAGGAAAUCAUGUUUCCUAUACAUGUGGUACAUGCAACAUUAUAAUCCAUAAAAAUUGCAUUUCUUUGCCUCGCAUUAUCAAAAGUAAGUGGCAUGACCAUCCCCUUGUUCACACAUAUUUCCAUCACAUAGAAGAUUUUAGGGUUUUGGAUUGCCUAAUAUGCCAUGAUGAAGUCAAUACAGAGCAUGGUAGUUACUAUUGUUCAAAGUGUGAUGUUAUAUUCCAUGUGAAGUGUGCAAUGAAGGAUAAAGAUUCAUAUGAAAUAGUGGAAAAUGAAGAUGAGAUGCCCAAUGAAAGUUCCAUCAGUGUUAUUGAGAGAAACGAUGCUGGAGAAGCUACAAAAAUAAAGCAUUUCAAGCAUAUGCAUAAUCUAAUGUUAGGUCCCUUUGUUGGAGGAUAUGAAAAUAGUUGCAACGGGUGUAUGUUGCCAAUCUCGGAUCCAUUUUAUUACUGUUCAGAAUGUAUUUUUUUCCUUCAUAAAGCGUGUGCCGAGUUAACUAAGAUGAAGAAUGUUUGGCAUCAUCAUUGCCAAGAGCCUCUCGCCCUUACUUCUGAUAAAGCUUUUGAGUGUCAAGAAUGUUGGCACAUAUCUAAUGCCUUUGCUUAUGAAUGUUGUGGAUGUGAGGAAAAUAAAUGUCUCCGAUGUGUGAUUGCGCUUACUCCUGGUGCUCGAACAUGUUUGAAACAUGUUCACCCCCUCUUUUUCUACAGAGACUACGAAGGUCAGUGCAAUGCUUGUGGUGAUACAACAAGGGGAUAUGGGGCAUUUUGUUGUAAGGAUUGCAAUUUUGUGCUAGAUCUUGGAUGUUUUUCACUUCCAAUUACAGCUCGCCACAAAUGCGAUAAGCAUCUUCUUUCACUCACUGAUAAUGAUGAUAAUAGUUAUUCAGAGAGUCAUCAUUGUGAUAUCUGCGAAGAAAGUCGAGAUGCAAAUCGUUGGUUUUAUCAUUGUGCAACAUGUGAUACUUCUGCUCAUGUUGGUUGUGUUCUUGGAAGCUAUCCAUUCCUCAAACUCGGUAGCAUCUAUGAAGAAACAAACCAUCCACAUCCACUCACCAUUGUGAAUAAGAAGUAUUACUACCCUAAUUGUGAUAAAUGCGGUAAGCCUUGUGAAGGUGUGGCUCUUGAAUGCUCAAAGUUAGAGUGCAAGUAUAUUGUCCAUUGGGAUUGUGUAACACCCUAUUUUCUACGGCAUUGGUGGAAGUGGGGCAUGUAGCAAUUCAGAUGUAAUCAUAUUUGAAACAUGUCACUUCAUUUGCCGGAAAACUCAAGACUGGAAAACAGGGUUUGAUCUUUGCCUUAUUACUUGUGCUGUUAGUUGUUGUUGUCAUUAUAAUUUGGUUUUUCCGACUUUAUAAGUUUUAAAUAAAUGUCAUGUAAUAAUCUAAUUAAAGCUGAAACUUGUAUAGUUUACAUUUGUAUUUGAUUGUUGAUUUUAUAAUUUCUUAUAAUUUGGAAGUGUGAUUUUACUUACAUGUGAUUGAUGCUUCUCUUAAUAGCUCUUUGUUUGUUUAUAUAAAUUUACUUGAAAGUACAA